CCCGCCCCACUCUCCCGCACUCUCCCGCUUUCCAUCACCCCGCCCCAUUCUCCCGCUUUCCAUCACCCCGCCCCAUUCUCCCGCUUUCCAUCACCUCGCCCCAUUCUCUCGCUUUCCAUCACCCGCCCCAUUCUCCCGCUUUCCAUCACCCCGCCCCAUUCUCCCGCUUUCCAUCACCCCGCCCCAUUCUCCCGCUUUCCAUCACCCCGCCCCAUUCUCCCUCCUUCCAUCACCCCGCCCCAUUCUCCCUCCUUCCAUCACCCCGCCCCAUUCUCCCGCUUUCCAUCACCCCGCCCCAUUCUCCCUCUUCCAUCACCCCGCCCCAUUCUCCCGCUUUCCAUCACCCCGCCCCAUUCUCCCGCUUUCCAUCACCCCGCCCCAUUCUCCCCCUUCCAUCACCCCGCCCCAUUCUCCCGCUUUCCAUCACCCCGCCCCAUUCUCCCGCUUUCCAUCACCCCGCCCCAUUCUCCCGCUUUCCAUCACCCCGCCCCAUUCUCACGCUUUCCAUCACCCUGCCCAUUCUCCCGCUUUCCAUCACCCCACCCGAUUCUCCCGCUUUCCAUCACCCCGCCCCAUUCUCCCGCUUUCCAUCACCCCGCCCCAUUCUCCCGCUUUCCAUCACCCCGCCCCAUUCUCCCCCUUUCCACCACCCCGCCCCACUCUCCCGCACUCUCCCGCUUUCCAUCACCCCGCCCCAUUCUCCCGCUUUCCAUCACCCCGCCCCAUUCUCUCGCUUUCCAUCACCCCGCCCCAUUCUCCCGCUUUCCAUCACCCCGCCCCAUUCUCCCGCUUUCCAUCACCCCGCCCCAUUCUCCCGCUUUCCAUCACCCGCCCCAUUCUCCCUCCUUCCAUCACCCCGCCCCAUUCUCCCUCCUUCCAUCACCUCGCCCCAUUCUCCCGCUUUCCAUCACCCGCCCCAUUCUCCCUCCUUCCAUCACCCCGCCCCAUUCUCCCGCUUUCCAUCACCCGCCCCAUUCUCCCGCUUUCCAUCACCUCGCCCCAUUCUCCCGCUUUCCAUCACCCCGCCCCAUUCUCCCUCCUUCCAUCACCCUGCCCCAUUCUCCCUCCUUCCAUCACCCCGCCCCAUUCUCCCUCCUUCCAUCACCCCGCCCCAUUCUCCCGCUUUCCAUCACCCCGCCCCAUUCUCCCUCCUUCCAUCACCCCGCCCCAUUCUCCCGCUUUCCAUCACCCCGCCCCAUUCUCCCGCUUUCCAUCACCCCGCCCCAUUCUCCCGCUUUCCAUCACCCCGCCCCAUUCUCCCUCCUUCCAUCACCCCGCCCCAUUUUCCUCCUUCCAUCACCCCGCCCAUUCUCCCUCCUUCCAUCACCCCGCCCCAUUCUCCCGCUUUCCAUCACCCCGCCCCAUUCUCCCGCUUUCCCAUCACCCCGCCCCAUUCUCCCGCUUUCCAUCACCCCGCCCCAUUCUCCCGCUUUCCAUCACCCCGCCCCAUUCUCCCGCUUUCCAUCACCCCGCCCCAUUCUCCCGCUUUCCAUCACCCCGCCCCAUUCUCCCGCUUUCCAUCACCCCGCCCCAUUCUCCCGCUUUCCAUCACCCGCCCCAUUCUCCCGCUUUCCAUCACCUCGCCCCAUUCUCCGGCUUUCCAUCACCCCGCCCCAUUCUCCCGCUUUCCAUCACCCCGCCCCAUUCUCCCGCUUUCCAUCACCCCGCCCCAUUCUCCCUCCUUCCAUCACCCCGCCCCGUUCUCCCUCCUUCCAUCACCCCGCCCCAUUCUCCCGCUUUCCAUCACCCCGCCCCGUUCUCCCGCCCCAUUCUCCCGCAUCCAUCACCCCGCCCCAUUCUCCUGCUUUCUCUCACCCGCCCCAUUCUCCCGCUUUCCAUCACCCCGCCCCAUUCUCCUGCUUUCCAUCACCCGCCCCAUUCUCCCGCUUUCCAUCACCCCGCCCCAUUCUCCCUCUUUCCAUCACCCCGCCCCGUUCUCCCUCCUUCCAUCACCCCGCCCCAUUCUCCCGCUUUCCAUCACCCCGCCCCAUUUCCUCGCUUUCCAUCACCCCGCCCAUUCUCCCGCUUUUCCAUCACCCCCGCCCCAUUCUCCCGCUUUCCAUCAACCCCGCCCCAUUCUCCCUCCUUCCAUCACCCCGCCCCAUUCUUCCCUCCUUCCAUCACCCCGCCCCAUUCUCCCUCUUCAUCACCCCGCCCCAUCCUCCGCUUUCCAUCACCCCGCCCCAUUCUCCCGCUUUCAUCACCCCGCCCCAUUCUCCCGCUUUCCAUCACCCCCGCCCCAUUCUCCCUCCUUCCAUCACCCCGCCCCAUUUUCCCUCCUUCUAUCACCCCGCCCCAUUCUCCUCCUCUUCCAUCACCCCGCCCCAUUCUCCCGCUUUCCAUCACCCCGCCCCAUUCUCCCGCUUUCCAUCACCCCGCCCCAUUCUCCCUCCUUCCAUCACCCCGCCCCAUUCUCCCGCUUUCCAUCACCCCGCCCCAUUCUCCCGCCUUUCCAUCACCCCGCCCCCAUUCUCCCGCUUUCCAUCACCCCGCGCCCCAUUCUCUCGCUUUCCAUCACCCCGCCCCAUUCUCCCUCCUUCCAUCACCCCGCCCCCAUUCUCCCGCUUUCCAUCACCCCGCCCCAUUCUCCCUCCUUCCGUCACCCCGCCCCAUUCUCCCGCUUUCCAUCACCCCGCCCCAUUCUCCCGCUUUCCAUCACCCCGCCCCAUUCUCCCGCUUUCCAUCACUCCGCCCAUUCUCCCGCUUCCAUCACCCCGACCCAUUCUCCCCGCUUUCCAUCACCUCGCCCCAUUCUCCGGCUUUCCAUCACCCCGCCCCAUUCUCCCGCUUUCCAUCACCCCCGCCCCAUUCUCCCGCAUUUCCAUCACCCCGCCCCCGUUCUCCCUCCUUACAUCACCCCGCCCCGUUCUCCCUCCUUCCAUCACCCCACCCCGUUCUCCCGCUUUCCAUCACCCCGCCCCGUUCUCCCGCCCCAUUCUCCCGCAUUCCAUCACCCCGCCCCAUUCUCCUGCUUUCUCUCACCCGCCCCAUUCUCCCGCUUUCUAUCACCCCGCCCCAUUCUCCUGCUUUCCAUCACCCCGCCCCAUUCUCCCGCUGUUCCAUCACCCCGCCCCAUUUCUCCCGCUUUCCCAUCACCCCGCCCAUUCUCCCGCUUUCCAUCACCCCGCCCCCAUUCUCCCGCUUUCCAUCACCCCGCCCCAUUCUCCCGCUUUCCAUCACCCCGCCCCAUUCUCCCUCCUUCCAUCACCCCGCCCCAUUUUCCCUCCUUCUAUCACCCCGCCCCAUUCUCCCUCCUUCCAUCACCCCGCCCCCAUUCUCCCGCUUUCCAUCACCCCGCCCCAUUCUCCCGCUUUCCAUCACCCCGCCCCAUUCUCCCUCCUUCCAUCACCCCGCCCCAUUCUCCCGCUUUCCAUCACCCCGCCCCAUUCUCCCGCUUUUCCAUCACCCCGCCCCAUUCUCCCGCUUUCCAUCACCCCGCCCCAUUCUCCCGCUUUCCAUCACUCCCGCCCCUAUUCUCCCGCUUUCCAUCACCCCGCCCCAUUCUCCCGCUUUCCAUCACCCCGCCCCAUUCUCCCGCUUUCCAUCACCCCGCCCCAUUCUCCCGCUUUCCAUCACCCCGCCCCAUUCUCCCGCUUUCCAUCCACCCCGCCCCAUUCUCCCGCUUUCCAUCACCCCCGCCCCAUUCUCCAUCUUCCAUCAUCCCGCCCCAUUCUCCCUCCUUCCAUCACCCCGCCCCAUCCUCCCGCUUUUCCAUCACCCCGCCCCAUUCUCCCGCUUUCCAUCACCCCGCCCCAUUCUCCCGCUUUCCAUCACCCCGCCCCAUUCUCCCGCUUUCCAUCACCCCGCCCCAUUCUCCCGCUUUCCAUCACCCCGCCCCAUUCUCCCGCUUUCCAUCACCCCGCCCCAUUCUCCCCGCUUCCAUCACCCCGCCCCAUUCUCCCGCUUUCCAUCACCCCGCCCUCAUUCUCUCGCUUUCCAAUCACCCCGCCCCAUUCCUCCCGCUUUCCAUCACCACGCCCCAUUCUCCCGCUUUCCAUCACCCCGCCCCAUUCUCCCUCCUUCCAUCACCCCGCCCAUUCUCCCUCCUUCAAUCACCCCGCCCCAUUCUCCCUCCUUCCAUCACCCCGCCCCCAUCCUCCCGCUUUCCAUCACCCCCGCCCCAUUCUCCCGCUUUUCCAUCACCCCGCCCCAUUCUCCCGCUUUCCAUCACCCCGCCCCAUUCUCCCUCCUUCCAUCACCCCGCCCCAUUUUCCCUCCUUCUAUCACCCCGCCCCAUUCUCCCUCCUUCCAUCACCCCGCCCCAUUUCUCCCGCUUUCCAUCACCCCGCCCCAUUCUCCCGCUUUCAUCACCCCGCCCCAUUCUCCCGCUUUCCAUCACCCCCCGCCCCAUCUCCUGCUUUCCAUCACCCCGCCCCAUUCUCCCGCUUUCCAUCACCCCGCCCCAUUCUCCCGCUUUCCAUCACCCCGCCCCAUUCUCCCGCUUUCCAUCACUCCGCCCCAUUCUCCGGCUUUCCAUCACCCCGCCCCAUUCUCCCGCUUUCCAUCACCCCGCCCCAUUCUCCCGCUUUCCAUCACCCCGCCCCGUUCUCCCUCCUUACAUCACCCCGCCCCGUUCUCCCUCCUUCCAUCACCCCGCCCCGUUCUCCCGCUUUCCAUCACCCCGCCCCGUUCUCCCGCCCCAUUCUCCCGCAUUCCAUCACCCCGCCCAUUCUCCUGCUUUCUCUCACCCGCCCCAUUCUCCCGCUUUCUAUCACCCCGCCCCAUUCUCCCGCUUUCCAUCACCCCGCCCCAUUCUCCCGCUUUGCAUCACCCCGCCCCAUUCUCCCGCUUUCCAUCACCCCGCCCCAUUCUCCCGCUUUCCAUCACCCCGCCCCAUUCUCCCGCUUUCCAUCACCCCGCCCCAUUCUCCUCGCUUUCCAUCACCCCCGCCCCAUUCUCCCUCCUUCCAUCACCCCGCCCCAUUCUCCCGCUUUCCAUCACCCCGCCCCAUUCUCCCUCCUUCCGUCACCACCGCCCCAUUCUCCCGCUUUCCAUCACCCCGCCCCAUUCUCCCUCUUCCGUCACCCGCCCCAUUCUCCCGCUUUCCAUCACCCGCCCCAUUCUCCCGCUUUCCAUCACCCCGCCCCAUUCUCCCGCUUUCCAUCACCCCGCCCCAUUCUCCCGCUUUCCAUCACCCCGCCCCAUUCUCCCGCUUUCCAUCACCCCGCCCCAUUCUCCCCGCUUUCCAUCACCCCGCCCCGUUCUCCCGCUUUCCAUCACCCCGCCCCGUUCUCCCGCUUUCCAUCACCCCGCCCCGUUCUCCCGCUUUCCAUCACCCCGCCCCGUUCUCCCGCUUUCCAUCACCCCGCCCCGUUUCUCCCCGCUUUCCAUCACCCCGCCCCAUUCUCCCGCUUUCCAUCACCCCGCCCCAUUCUCCCGCUUUCCAUCACCCCGCCCCAUUUCUCCCGCUUUCCAUCACCCGCCCCAUUCUCCCGCUUUCCAUCACCCCGCCCCAUUCUCCCGCUUUCCAUCACCCCGCCCCAUUCUCCCCGCUUUCCAUCACCCCGCCCCAUUCUCCCGCUUUCCAUCACCCCGCCCCAUUCUCCCGCUUUCCAUCACUCCGCCCCAUUCUCCCGCUUUCCAUCACCCCGCCCCAUUCUCCCGCUUUCCGUCACUCCGCCCCAUUCUCCCGCUUUCCAUCACCCGCCCCAUUCUCCCUCCUUCCGUCACCCCGCCCCAUUCUCCCGCUUUCCAUCACCCCGCCCCAUUCCUCCCGCUUUCCAUCACUCCGCCCCAUUCUCCCGCUUUCCAUCACCUCGCCCCAUUCUCCGGCUUUCCAUCACCCCGCCCCAUUCUCCCGCUUUCCAUCACCCCGCCCCAUUCUCCCGCUUUCCAUCACCCCGCCCCGUUCUCCCUCCUUACAUCACCCCGCCCCGUUCUCCCUCCUUCCAUCACCCCGCCCCGUUCUCCCGCUUUCCAUCACCCCGCCCCGUUCUCCCGCCCCAUUCUCCCGCAUUCCAUCACCCCGCCCCAUUCUCCUGCUUUCUCUCACCCGCCCCCUUCUCCCGCUUUCUAUCACCCCGCCCCAUUCUCCUGCUUUCCAUCACCCCGCCCCAUUCUCCCGCUUUCCAUCACCCCGCCCCGUUCUCCCUCCUUACAUCACCCCGCCCCGUUCUCCCUCCUUCCAUCACCCCGCCCCGUUCUCCCGCUUUCCAUCACCCCGCCCCAUUCUCUCGAUUUCCAUCACCCCGCCCCAUUCUCCCGCUUUCCAUCACCCCGCCCCAUUCUCCCGCUUUCCAUCACCCCGCCCCAUUCUCCCUCCUUCCAUCACCCCGCCCCAUUCUCCCUCCUUCCAUCACCCCGCCCCAUUCUCCCUCCUUCCAUCACCCCGCCCCAUCCUCCCGCUUUCCAUCACCCCGCCCCAUUCUCCCGCUUUCCAUCACCCCGCCCCAUUCUCCCGCUUUCCAUCACCCCGCCCCAUUCUCCCUCCUUCCAUCACCCCGCCCCAUUUUCCCUCCUUCUAUCACCCCGCCCCAUUCUCCCUCCUUCCAUCACCCCGCCCCAUUCUCCCGCUUUCCAUCACCCCGCCCCAUUCUCCCGCUUUCCAUCACCCCGCCCCAUUCUCCCUCCUUCCAUCACCCCGCCCCAUUCUCCCGCUUUCCAUCACCCCGCCCCAUUCUCCCGCUUUCCAUCACCCCGCCCCAUUCUCCCGCUUUCCAUCACCCCGCCCCAUUCUCUCGCUUUCCAUCACCCCGCCCCAUUCUCCCUCCUUCCAUCACCCCGCCCCAUUCUCCCGCUUUCCAUCACCCCGCCCCAUUCUCCCUCCUUCCGUCACCCCCGCCCCAUUCUCCCGCUUUCCAUCACCCCGCCCCAUUCUCCCGCUUUCCAUCACCCCGCCCCAUUCUCCCGCUUUCCAUCACCCCGCCCCAUUCUCCCGCUUUCCAUCACCCCGCCCCAUUCUCCCGCUUUCCAUCACUCGCCCCAUUCUCCCGCUUUCCAUCACCCCGACUCAUUCUCCCGCUUUCCAUCACCUCGCCCCAUUCUCCGGCUUUCCAUCACCCCGCCCCAUUCUCCCGCUUUCCAUCACCCCGCCCCGUUCUCCCGCUUUCCAUCACCCCGCCCCGUUCUCCCUCCUUACAUCACCCCGCCCCGUUCUCCCUCCUUCCAUCACCCCACCCCGUUCUCCCGCUUUCCAUCACCCCGCCCCGUUCUCCCGCCCCAUUCUCCCGCAUUCCAUCACCCCGCCCCAUUCUCCUGCUUUCUCUCACCCGCCCCAUUCUCCCGCUUUCUAUCACCCCGCCCCAUUCUCCUGCUUUCCAUCACCCCGCCCCAUUCUCCCGCUUUCCAUCACCCCGCCCCAUUCUCCCGCUUUCCAUCACCCCGCCCCAUUCUCCCGCUUUCCAUCACCCCGCCCCAUUCUCCCGCUUUCCAUCACCCCGCCCCAUUCUCCCGCUUUCCAUCACCCCGCCCCAUUCUCCCGCUUUCCAUCACCCCGCCCCAUUCUCCCGCUUUCCAUCACCCCGCCCCAUUCUCCCGCUUUCCAUCACCCCGCCCCAUUCUCCCGCUUUCCAUCACCCCGCCCCAUUCUCCCGCUUUCCAUCACCCCGCCCCAUUCUCCCGCUUUCCAUCACCCCGCCCCAUUCUCCCGCUUUCCAUCACCCCGCCCCAUUCUCCCGCUUUCCAUCACCCGCCCCAUUCUCCCGCUUUCCGUCACUCCGCCCCAUUCUCCCGCUUUCCAUCACCCCGCCCCAUUCUCCCGCUUUCCGUCACUCCGCCCCAUUCUCCCGCUUUCCAUCACCCCGCCCCAUUCUCCCUCCUUCCGUCACCCCGCCCCAUUCUCCCGCUUUCCAUCACCCCGCCCCAUUCUCCCUCUUUCCAUCACCCCGCCCCAUUCUCCCGCUUUCCAUCACCCCGCCCCAUUCUCCCGCUUCCAUCACCCCGCCCCAUUCUCCCGCUUUCCAUCACCCCGCCCCAUUCUCCCGCUUUCCAUCACCCCGCCCCAUUCUCCCGCUUUCCAUCACCCCGCCCCAUUCUCCCGCUUUCCAUCACCCCACCCCAUUCUCCACUUUCCAUCACCCCGCCCCAUUCUCCCUCCUUCCAUCACCCCGCCCCAUUUUCCCUCCUUCCAUCACCCCGCCCCAUUCUCCCUCCUUCCAUCACCCCGCCCAUUUUCCCUCCUUCCAUCACCCCGCCCCAUUCUCCCUCCUUCCAUCACCCCGCCCCAUUCUCCCGCUUUCCAUCACCCCGCCCCAUUCUCCCGAUUCCCAUCACCCCGCCCCAUUCUCCCGCUUUCCAUCACCCCGCCCCAUUCUCCCGCUUUCCAUCACCCCGCCCCCAUUCUCCCGCUUCCAUCACCCCGCCCAUUCUCCCGCUUUCCAUCACCCCGCCCCAUUCUCCCGCUUUCCAUCACCCCGCCCCAUUCUCCCGCUUUCCAUCACCCGCCCCAUUCUCCCGCUUUCCAUCACCCCGCCCCAUUCUCCCGCUUUCCAUCACCCCGCCCCAUUCUCCCGCUUUCCAUCACCCCGCCCCCAUUCUCCCGCCUUCCAUCACCCCGCCCCGUUCUCCCGCCUUCCAUCACCCCGCCCCGUUCUCCCGCUUUCCAUCACCCCGCCCCGUUCUCCCGCUUUCCAUCACCCCGCCCCGUUCUCCCGCUUUCCAUCACCCCGCCCCAUUCUCCCGCUUUCCAUCACCCCGCCCCAGUCUCCCGCAUUCCAUCACCCCGCCCCAUUCUCCCGCUUUCCAUCACCCCGCCCCAGUCUCCCGCUUUCCAUCAUCCCGCCCCAUUCUCCCGCUUUCCAUCACCCCGCCCCUUUCUCCCGCUUUCCAUCACCCCGCCCCAUUCUCCCGCUUUCCAUCACCCCGCCCCAUUCUCCCGCUUUCCAUCACCCCGCCCCAUUCUCCCGCUUUCCAUCACCCCGCCCCAUUCUCCCGCUUUCUAUCACCCCGCCCCAUUCUCCCGCUUUCCAUCACCCCGCCCCAUUCUCCCUCCUUCUGUCACCCCGCCCCAUUCUCCCUCCUUCUGUCACCCCGUCCCAUUCUCCCGCUUUCCAUCACCCCAUCCCAUUCUCCUGCUUUCCAUCACCCCGCCCCAUUCUCCCUCCUUCCGUCACCCCGCCCCAUUCUCCCGCUUUCCAUCACCCCGUCCCAUUCUCCCGCUUUCCAUCACCCCGCCCCGUUCUCCCUCCUUCCAUCACCCCGCCCCGUUCUCCCGCUUUCCAUCACCCCGCCCCGUUCUCCCGCUUUCCAUCACCCCGCCCCAUUCUCCCGCAUUCCUUCGCCCCGCCCAAUUCUCCCGCUUUCCAUCACCCCGCCCCAUUCUCCCGCUUUCCAUCACCCCGCCCCAUUCUCCCGAUUCCCAUCACCCCGCCCCAUUCUCCCACUUUCCAUCACCCCGCCCCAUUCUUCCUCCUUCCAUCACCCCGCCCCAUUCUCCCUCCUUCCAUCACCCCUCCCCAUUCUCCCGCUUUCCAUCACCCCGCCCCAUUCUCCCUCCUUCCGUCACCCCGCCCUAUUCUCCCUCCUUCCAUCACCCCGCCCCAUUCUCCCGCUUUCCAUCACCCCUCCCCAUUCUCCCGCUUUCCAUCACCCCGCCCCAUUCUCCUGCUUUCCAUCACCCCGCCCCAUUCUCCCUCCUUCCAUCACCCCGCCCCAUUCUCCCUCCUUCCAUCACCCCUCCCUAUUCUCCCGCUUUCCAUCACCCCGCCCCAUUCUCCCUCCUUCCGUCACCCCGCCCCAUUUUCCCUCCUUCAAUCACCCCGCCCCAUUCUCCCGCUUUCCAUCACCCCACCUCAUUCUCUCGCUUUCCAUCACCCCUCCCCAUUCUCCCGCUUUCCAUCACCCCGCCCCAUUCUUCCGCUUUCCAUCACCCCGCCCCAUUCUCCCGCUUUCCAUCACCCCGCCCCAUUCUCCCGCUUUCCAUCACCCCGCCCCAUUCUCCCGCUUUCCAUCACCCUGCCCCAUUCUCCCGCUUUCCAUCACCCCGCCCCAUUCUCCCGCUUUCCAUCACCCCGCCCCAUUCUCCUCCUUUCCAUCACCCCGCCCCAUUCUCCCGCAUUCCAUAACCCCGCCCCAUUCUCCCUCCUUCCAUCACCCCGCCCCAUUCUCCCUUUUUCCAUCACCCCGCCCCAUUCUCCCGCUUUCCAUCACCCCGCCCCAUUCUCCCGCUUUCCAUCACCCCGCCCCAUUCUCCCGCUUUCCAUCACCCCGCCCCAUUCUCCCGCUUUCCAUCACCCCGCCCCAUUCUCCCGCUUUCCAUCACCCCGCCCCAAUUCUCCCUCCUUCCAUCACCCCGCCCCAUUCUCCCACUUUCCAUCACCCCGCCCCAUUCUCCCGAUUCCCAUCACCCCGCCCCAUUCUCCCGCUUUCCAUCACCCCGCCCCAUUCUCCCUCCUUCCAUCACCCCGCCACAUUCUCCCUCCUUCCAUCACCCCGCCCCAUUCUCCCUCCUUCCAUCACCCCGCCCCAUUCUCCCGCUUUCCAUCACCCCGCCCCACUCUCCCGCUUUCCAUCACCCCGCCCCAUUCUCCCGCUUUCCAUCACCCCGCCCCAUUCUCCCGCUUUCCAUCACCCCGCCCCAUUCUCCCGCUUUCCAUCACCCCGCCCCAUUCUCCCGCUUUCCAUCACCCCGCCCCAUUCUCCCGCUUUCCAUCACCCCGCCCCAUUCUCCCGCUUUCCAUCACCCCGCCCCAUUCUCCCGCUUUCCAUCACCCCGCCCCAUUCUCCCGCUUUCCAUCACCCCGCCCCAUUCUCCCGCUUUCCAUCACCCCGCCCCAUUCUCCCGCUUUCCAUCACCCCGCCCCAUUCUCCCGCUUUCCAUCACCCCGCCCCAUUCUCCCGCUUUCCAUCACCCCGCCCCAUUCUCCCGCUUUCCAUCACCCCGCCCCAUUCUCCCGCUUUCCAUCACCCCGCCCCGUUCUCCCGCUUUCCAUCACCCCGCCCCGUUCUCCCUCCUUCCAUCACCCCGCCCCGUUCUCCCUCCUUCCAUCACCCCGCCCCGUUCUCCCGCUUUCCAUCACCCCGCCCCGUUCUCCCGCUUUCCAUCACCCCGCCCCAUUCUCCCGCAUUCCAUCACCCCGCCCCAUUCUCCCGCUUUCUAUCACCCGCCCCAUUCUCCCGCUUUCUAUCACCCCGCCCCAUUCUCCCGCUUUCCAUCACCCCGCCCCAUUCUCCCUCCUUCUGUCACCCCCCCCCAUUCUCCCUCCUUCUGUCACCCCAUCCCAUUCUCCCGCUUUCCAUCACCCCGUCCCAUUCUCCCGCUUUCCAUCACCCCGCCCCGUUCUCCCUCCUUCCAUCACCCCGCCCCGUUCUCCCGCUUUCCAUCACCUCGCCCCGUUCUCCCGCUUUCCAUCACUCCGCCCCAUUCUCCCGCAUUCCAUCACCCCGCCCAAUUCUCCCGCUUUCCAUCACCCCGCCCCAUUCUCCCGCUUUCCAUCAGCCGCCCCAUUCUCCCGCUUUCUAUCACCCCGUCCCAUUCUCCCGCUUUUCAUCACCCCGCCCCAUUCUCCCGCUUUCCAUCACCCCGCCCCAUUCUCCCGCUUUCCAUCACCCCGCCUCAUUCUCCCGCUUUCCAUCACCCCGCCCCAUUCUCCCGCUUUCCAUCACCCCGCCCCAUUCUCCCGCUUUCCAUCACCCCGCCCCAUUCUCCCGCUUUCCAUCACCCCGCCCCAUUCUCCCGCUUUCCAUCACCCCGCCCCAUUCUCCCGCUUUCCAUCACCCCGCCCCAUUCUCCCGCUUUCCAUCACCCCGCCCCAUUCUCUCGCUUUCCAUCACCCUGCCCCAUUCUCCCUCCUUCCAUCACCCCGCCCCAUUCUCCCUCCUUCCAUCACCCCGCCCCAUUCUCCCUCCUUCCAUCACCCCGCCCCAUUCUCCCGCUUUCCAUCACCCCGCCCCAUUCUCCCGCUUUCCAUCACCCCGCCCCAUUCUCCCGCUUUCCAUCACCCCGCCCCAUUCUCCCGCUUUCCAUCACCCCGCCCCAUUCUCCCGCUUUCCAUCGCCCCGCCCCAUUCUCCCGCUUUCCAUCGCCCUGCCCCAUUUUCCCGCUUUCCAUCACCCCGCCCCAUUCUCCCGCUUUCCAUCACCCCGCCCCAUUCUCCCGCUUUCCAUCACCCCGCCCCAUUCUCCCGUUUUCCAUCACCCCGCCCCAUUCUGCCGCUUUCCAUCACCCCGCCCCAUUCUCCCGCUUUCCAUCACCCCGCCCCAUUCUCCCGCUUUCCAUCGCCCCGCCCCAUUCUCCCGCUUUCCAUCACCCCGCCCCAUUUUCCCGCUUUCCAUCACCCCGCCCCAUUCUCCCGCUUUCCAUCACCCCGCCCCAUUCUCCCGCUUUCCAUCACCCCGCCCCAUUCUCCCGCUUUCCAUCACCCCGCCACAUUCUCCCUCAUUCCAUCACCCCGCCCAUUCUCCCUCCUUCCAUCACCCCGCUCCAUUCUCCCGCUUUCCAUCACCCCGCCCCAUUCUCCCGCUUUCCAUCAUCCCGCCCCACUCUCCCGCUUUCCAUCACCCCGCCCCAUUCUCCCGCUUUUCCGUCACCCCGCCCCAUUCUUCCGCUUUCCAUCACCCCGCCCCAUUCUCCCGCUUUCCAUCACCCCGCCCCAUUCUCCCGCUUUCCAUCACCCCGCCCCAUUCUCCCGCUUUCCAUCACCCCGCCCCAUUCUCCCGCUUUCCAUCACCCCGCCCCAUUCUCCCGCUUUCCAUCACCCCGUCCCAUUCUCCCUCUUUCCAUCACCCCGCCCCUUUCUCCCUCCUUCCAUCUCCCCGCCCCAUUCUCCCUCCUUCCAACACCCCUCCCAAAUCUCCCUCCUUCCAUCGCCCCGCCCCAUUCUCCCGCUUUCCAUCACCCCGCCCCAUUCUUUCGCUUUCCAUCAUCCCGCCCCAUUCUCCCGCUUUCCAUCACCCCGCCCCAUUCUCCCGCUUUCCAUCACCCCGCCCCAUUCUCCCGUUUUCCAUCACCCCGCCCCAUUCUCCCGCUUUCCAUCACCUCGCCCCAUUCUCCCGCUUUCCAUCACCCCGCCCCAUUCUCCUUCCUUCCAUCACCCCGCCUCGUUCUGCCUCCUUCCACCACCCCGCCCCGUUCUCCCGCUUUCCAUCACCCCGCCCCAUUUUCCCGCUUUCCAUCACCCCGCCCCAUUCUACCGCUUUCCAUCACCCCACCCCAUUCUCCCGCUUUCCAUCACCCCGCCCCAUUCUCCUGUUUUCUAUCACCCCGCCCCUUUCUCCCGCUUUCCAUCACCCCGCCCCAUUCUCCCGCUUUCCAUCACCCCGCCCCAUUCUCCCACUUUCCAUCACCCCGCCCCAUUCUCCCGCUUUCUAUCACCCCGCCCCAUUCUCCCGCUUUCCAUCACCCCGCCCCAUUCUCCCUCCUUCCAUCACCCCGCCCCAUUCUCCCUCCUUCCAUCACCCCGCCCCAUUCUCCCUCCUUCCAUCACCCCGCCCCAUUCUCCCGCUUUCCAUCACCCCGCCCCAUUCUCCCGCUUUCCAUCACCCCGCCCUAUUCUCCCGCUCUCCAUCACCCCGCCCCAUUCUCCCGCUUUCCAUCACCCCGCCCCAUUCUCCCGCUUUCCAUCACCCCGCCCCAUUCUCCCGCUUUCCAUCACCCCGCCCCAUUCUCCCGCUUUCCAUCUCCCCGCCCCAUUCUUCCGCUUUCCAUCACCCCGCCCCAUUCUCCCGCUUUCCAUCAUCCCGCCCCACUCUCCUGCUUUCCAUCACCCCGCCCCAUUCUCCCGCUUUCCAUCACCCUGCCCCAUUCUCCCGCCUUCCAUCACCCCGCCCCAUUCUCCCGCUUUCCAUCACCCCGCCCCAUUCUCCCGCUUUCCAUCACCCCGCCCCAUUCUCCCGCUUUCCAUCACCCCGCCCCAUUCACCCGCUUUCCAUCACCCCGCCCCAUUCUCCCGCUUUCCAUCACCCCGUCCCAUUCUCCCUCUUUCCAUCACCCCGCCCCUUUCUCCCUCCUUCCAUCUCCCCGCCCCAUUCUCCCUCCUUCCAUCACCCCGCCCCAUUCUCCCUCCUUCCAUCACCCCGCCCCAUUCUCCCGCUUUCCAUCACCCCGCCCCAUUCUCCCGCUUUCCAUCACCCCGCCCUAUUCUCCCGCUCUCCAUCACCCCGCCCCAUUCUCCCGCUUUCCAUCACCCCGCCCCAUUCUCCCGCUUUCCAUCACCCCGCCCCAUUCUCCCGCUUUCCAUCACCCCGCCCCAUUCUCCCGCUUUCCAUCUCCCCGCCCCAUUCUUCCGCUUUCCAUCACCCCGCCCCAUUCUCCCGCUUUCCAUCAUCCCGCCCCACUCUCCUGCUUUCCAUCACCCCGCCCCAUUCUCCCGCUUUCCAUCACCCUGCCCCAUUCUCCCGCUUUCCAUCACCCCGCCCCAUUCUCCCGCUUUCCAUCACCCCGCCCCAUUCUCCCGCUUUCCAUCACCCCGCCCCAUUCUCCCGCUUUCCAUCACCCCGCCCCAUUCUCCCGCUUUCCAUCACCCCGCCCCAUUCUCCCGCUUUCCAUCACCCCGUCCCAUUCUCCCUCUUUCCAUCACCCCGCCCCUUUCUCCCUCCUUCCAUCUCCCCGCCCCAUUCUCCCUCCUUCCAUCACCCCGCCCCAUUCUCCCUCCUUCCAUCACCCUGCCCCAUUCCCCCGCUUUCCAUCAUCCCGCCCCACUCUCCCGCUUUCCAUCACCCCGCCCCAUUCUCUCGCUUUCCAUCACCCCGCCCCAUUCUCCCGCUUUCCAUCACCCCGCCCCAUUCUCCCGCUUUCCAUCACCCCGCCCCAUAUGCAACAACAUUCAGGUCGUUCGAUGGUUUUCACUACCCCUAUAGGGAUCCAUACGCUUCGUUACCAUUUGUAGGCAGAGACAGCCGUCAUCGCAGGUGCCGAACUUUUCGGUGCCCACGAACCAAGCUGUAA